AUGACUAUUCCUCCAGAAGCAUACAAAUGCCUCGAGGAGCUCCAUUUACCCCCAGACUUUUUACUAUCAGACUCAACCUUGAGUGAUGUUCCCAGCGACCUCGACCUUGACCUUGAAGAUGGGAUGUCUGUGUGUCCUCCCACCCCCGCGAAAAGUCCGCGAUUUGUUCCCGCAGAAUCCGCUAUCUUCCCCGAGACUCCUGUCAAGCAAAUUUCUUUUCUUUUCCCUGAAGAUCCCAGGCCGUUACGAUCGAAAGUCCCCAAAAUCUCUCCUUAUUUCCCAAAGUUGCCCAGUGAUCCACAAUCGUGUCUUCCAUUUCCCCCUAUCGAUGCUCAGUGUUUUGGUCUUGUGCAGGAGCAGCUGGCCCACGAACCGUUCAAGUUACUUAUUGCAACGAUAUUCCUUAAUCGCACUCGAGGUGGUGUGGCUUUGCCGGUUUUGUUCAAAGUCUUCGAUCGCUAUCCUACUAUUGACUCUAUGGCUGCUGCCGACGAGUCGGAGCUUGUCGCUAUGAUUCGCUGCCUUGGGUUCCAAAACCAGCGUGCUAGGAAGUGCAUUUCAAUCGCUCAAACCUGGCAGACUAAUCCUCCGGUGAAACACAGACGCUAUCGGAAGAUACACUAUCCUAACAAACUGGAUGGUCGAGAUAUUGGCCCAGAUGAAUGUGUUGAUGAUGAAGACCCACGAUCAGCAUGGGAAGUUGCUCACUUUCCUGGUGUUGGUGCGUAUUCCUUGGAUAGUUGGCGGAUUUUUUGUCGUGACGAACUGCGAGGGAUGGCUACAGACUGGGUCGGGACUGGGGCCACCACCUGUGGAUUUGUUCCUGAAUGGAAAUCGGUCCUUCCCCAGGACAAAGAAUUACGUGCAUAUAUCACUUGGCUCUGGCUCAAGGAGGGUUGGGUCUGGGAUCGUCACACAGGCGAUCUCACGGCAGCAAGUGAUAAGACGCUACGAGCUGCACGAGCAGGUGGAGUAGCCCACGAAGAGGACGGAAACUGGGUACUGGAGACUUCACCUGUGAAAGCAGCAAAUGGAUUGCACGAGCAUUGA